AUGGACCGCUUCGACGUCAUCAACUUUGCCGACCUGACGGGGCCCGACGGCGGCGAGUGGGUCAAGAUCGGCGGUGGAAGCUUCGGCGUCGUGUUCAAGGGCGAGUACCUCGGGACGCAGGUCGCCAUCAAGGAGGUGCUGCCCAACAACACCUACGACGUCGAAAAGUACUUUGAGCGCGAAUGCGUGCUGAUGAAGGAGGCGCGGCACCCCAACAUCACGCAGUACAUUGGCCUCACCAAGAGCCCAGGGCCCGACGGCCGGAUCUACAUCAUUUCCGAGUUUGUCGGCGGCAACCUGCGCGGCUACAUCGCCGACAAGAAGAAGCCGUUCCCCUGGCGGCUGCGGAUGAGCUUCGCUAUGGACAUUGCGCGCGCCCUGGCCUACCUCCACGCGCGCAACUGCAUGCACCGCGACCUCAAGGGCGAGAACCUGCUCAUCACGGCCAACGAGCGCAUCAAGGUGUGCGACUUUGGCUUUGCGCGGAUCGCGGCGCGCAACGACGACGAGAUGCGCCGCAUCUCGUACUGCGGCACCGACGGCUACAUGUCGCCCGAGAUCCUGCUGGGCCUCGACUUUGGCCUGCCCUCGGACGUCUUUUCGCUCGGCGUCAUCUUUGCCGAGAUUGCCUCGCGCCACCUCGUCGACAGCCAGACGUUCAAGCGCACCGUGCCGACCUUUGGCCUCGACGCCGACGAGGUGCGCGAGAUGGCGUGCGAGGGGUGUCCGGAGGCCUUUAUCCAGCUCAUCCUCGACUGCGUCGAAGAGGACGCCCGCGACCGCCCCGACAUGCGCCAGGUCGUCGUCCGCCUGCGCACCAUCGAGCGCGAGGUGCUGCUGCGCGACGAAAAGGAGAACCGGUACGCCAUCGGCAGCGUCCGCGGCGCCACGGUCCACUCGAUCAUGGGCACCAAGCUCAAGCGCAUGACGGCGCCGCGCCUGCCCAGCUUCAACGGCGCCGUCAAGCUCGGCUCGCACUCGCGCCACACGUCCGAGGACGACGAGGCGAGCGGCAGCAGCGGCGACGAGCUCGAAGAGGCGCUCGUCGCGCUCGAAAAGAUCGGCAUCGACCCGGACGACCCCAAGAAGCAGGGCUCGCUGAAGGCCACGAGCACCUUCAAGGUGUCGGGCCACGGCAACCCGUGGUGGAGCGAGGACAACGGCGACAGCCUGCCGAGCAUCAACCAGUCCUGGCUGCCGUCGCCGCCCACCUCGGCGUCGGCGAGGCGCGGCGAGUCGCAGGACGGCCUGCUCGCCAACCAGGACUACGCCGACAGCGACUACAGCACCUCGGUCAUCCGCUCGUCGAAGCUGACGCAGAAGCACGCGCCACUGCCCAUCAUGGAGGAGCCGGCCAGCUCGACCAUGACCGUGACGCAGGACAGCAGCAGCAGCGGCGGCGGCGGCGGCGGCCGCGACAACAACCACAGGAACGGGCACGCCGGCCACGCACACAACCACAGCAACGCCAGCAGCACCGACAGCAGCCCGCGGCGGCAGGGGGGCGCCCACUCGGUCGAUCCGUCGUUUAUGACGGCGCACACGCACCGUGCCGACCCUUCGCUCGCGCUCGCCACGCUCGCCUCUGCGCCCUCGGACUUUUACGCCGCGCCCGGACCCAUCCACCACCGCUUCACGCUGGUCAAGAACAGCACCAAGCGGCCGGCCUCGAUCGCCGUGACGGCAGCAGCGGCCGCGACGGGCGGCGGAGGCAACAACCUGCUCAGCUCGCCCGGCAGCCUCCUGCCGCCCGCCGUGAUGCUGAGCAAUGCGCUGGCAAAGUGCUGGGUGUGCGGCAAGCGGAUCGGGUGGAAGCCGUUUAUGGACUGCGACGACUGCCCCCCGUGCUGA